AAGAAACAAAGUCACCUACAUCUUGGAUGCCCUGGGGGUAAGCAGAUAAACAUAAAAUUUUCAUUUUUGGGUGAACUAUCCCUUUAAUACCAGGUGAAAACGGUAAUGUGUCUUGACUAUUUGUGAUCAGAUCACCAAAACUGCAUAUUAAAGGAUUAGAUUAGCCAAAAAUGAAAGUUAUCCCAUAAUGGGUGAUCUAACCCUUUAAUACCAGGUGGAAACAGGGCUUCUUUCUCACAUGCUGGAUUUCUUAGAUAUUGUAUAUCAUUUGUAUAUCAUGACUAAGACUCCCAGAACUUCCGGGAGAAGUGGGAUAUAUGUGGGUAAUAUCUGUGUGGUUGCAAGUUAAUUUACUUGUGUGAAAAUUUCCUCCCCGUGACAUUCCUACAAACAACAAAAUUUGAACAGCCCCUUUAAGUUCACUCUCAGUCUAGGCUGCAGCUGAAUCGGAUGAUUCUGUUGGUUUUGUUCCAGAUGUUCUUAGGUCUGUGGCUCAAAGGGUCUUCUGAGGAGCCUGUUCACACUUCUGAAUCCACAUUAAUCUGAUUGAAUUCAUAGGAAAUGUGUUUUGAAAUGCAGAACAGAGUAAUCUUCAUCCGAGUACACAUGACCACAGUCUCUCUCCUUCUCAGGUCCCAACAUUGACAAAAACACACACGCACAAUCACAAAGAUGCCUUUGUGCAAGCACACGCGCACAGAUUUCUUUUGGACUUCUCACAUGAUCUGUCUUGUGUAACUGUGACCAAAGGUUUGAAACAAAUCUGUUGUUUCCUACACGUCAUGGGUUUUGAAAAAUCUUCCAAAGCUUGACUGAUACUGUGGUGACAGUCACAGCUUGGCAGCAGCCGCAGUUUGAUUUGAUUAUGCUCAAUAACUCAGCCAUAAUGAUCAUACUGAACUAGCUGAUGAGAGGAAUAUAUUUGAGGAUACUGUUUCUGCACAUAUGCAUGAACCGGUUCCUCUCAUUACAGUUAGAACUAGGAAACGUUUGACACGGUGACUUGUAAUCUGGGACGCUGCGGUCCGCUGGGUUCAGUCAGAGCUCGUUUUGACCCCGUAAGCCAAAGUUGAGACAGUAGCUAAGAUCAUGAUGCAAGUUGUUUGUCAAGCCUGGGCUGGUGUGACUUUGAACACUGACAUGAAGUGUCUCAUGGUUCACGGUUCAACUCGUCCUGUAUUGAAGGCCUAGGAUGAGAAUAAUAUGUACGAAGAGUAGGACUGUGCGAUUAAUCAAAAUUAUAAUAAAAUGCAAUGUAUGUGCGAUUUCUGAACUGCAGAAAGAGCUUCUUUUUUUUUCCUCGCCAGCCCCCUCGGUGUGCAGUCUGAUUUCAGCUUGCCUAAAUCUAACUCGAGAACAGAACAGAGCAGGUUUACCAUUACGACAUGAAAUCACAGAUACAGAGAAGGUGAAUUCAGGGCAGGAUAAGGACUAGGCAUAUAAAAAAAAAAUCAACAUCCGUGGUUUGGGAAUACAGAAGAGAUGAUGUAUCACAGAGCCAGGUAAUUUGUAAGACCUGUCAAACUAUCGUUGCGGCAAAACAGAGCAGAGGCCAUUGACACAGAACAUGAUUUUGCAGUUUAAAAACACAAAAUGCAGAUCUAGAGGUGCAUUAUUUAAAAAAAAAUUAAACAUCUUUUACCUUGAGCGUUGCGUAGACUGCCGCAAAACAUGCUGCAAAAGAUGCAAGAUGUAAGCGCAAUGAUUAAAGACGUCCGUCUAGUAUGUGUUUACAUAGAAAAACAAUGGCACGUUCUGAACCAGGACAAUUUUUUUUUUUCGCACAACCCUAAUGAAGAGAGUAAGCCAAAAUGUCUCACUUUACAAACUACCACUUGUAUUUCUGAUCAUUUUUAAGAACAAUGUAGGUUUGUGAAGGUUUGUAAUAGUAAUGUAACUGCAUAAUUUCGCUAAAUAUGUAUUAAAAAGUGCUGUCAAUGGAUUUUAAAAUGUAAUUGCAAUUAAGAUAUUUCCUUUUUAGAAAAGAAAACUAAGUAAUAUCUGUACAGUAAAAUGGAACUGCCAUAUUGAAUGAAUACUGAAUCAUUGCCUUUAAAAUCAUUUCAAAAAUAAUGAAUUAAACAUUUAAUUACAUGUAAUCAUUGAGAGCCCUUGAUUUAAAGGGUUAGUUCACCCAAAAAUGAAAAUUCUGUCAUUAAUUACUCGUUCCACACUCGUAAGUCCUUCGUUCAUCUUCAGCACUCACUCCUUUGAAUUUUGUUUUGAUUCCAGAAUGUUAAUUUUGGGUGAAUUAUCCUGUUAUUCUCAGAUUGUUCCCGCACCAGUUUGUCGGUUCUCAGCACACAGCAUUUCACUGUAGGGUCUUUUCUAUUAAUAGUUUAACAUUGUUUGUCUUUCCUUAAAGCCACCUUGUUAGGUCGUCCAUGUGAAGCUCAAGGUGUGUGAAAGUUGAUGUGAAAGUUGCUCAAUUUCAAGGACAUUACAGUCUCAGUCUGUUUUUCCACAGUAAAAGCUUAUACUGAUUGCUCCUAAAGGCAGGUUUGGUCAAACAUUGAACUCUUUAGGGUCAUAUUAUAAGGCCUAAGCCAGUUCUGUUCUUUACAUGCUAGCAUACCAGGAUUAUUGUCAGCAAGUUUGUUUUGAUCCAUUCAGGUAGGUUUUUGCUAGCAAUCUCACUUUAGGGAUGUAAAAAUGCAACAAUCCAUUAUGAUUCUUUGAUCUGAUAAUAAGUUUGUUUACAUGUACAAGGACUGAUUUCAUAUAAAUCAGCUCAUUAUAAAACAUACUUGUGGAAAAAAAAAAAACAUGAGAAAUUGCUUGGUUUUAAUUUAAUGUUGUCCAUUAUGGUUCUUAGUUCAAAAUGCAAUUCUCAAUCUAUUUUAAGAAAAAGUGUUAUGAAACCAGGCUGACCAAAUUUCAGAUUUCAUGAUGCAUUGCAUCAUUUAGCCAAGAAUUGUAAAAUCAAUGUCAGAUCAAACAUUUUUCUUAUUUUAUUUUUUUUAAGUGUGUAAUGGGUGAUGGGUGCUUUUAUCAUGAAUUCCACAGGGUUGUUACAAGCUUUGCUCCAAUUCUAAUUCUGCCCUGUUGUUGAAGGUCCAUGUCCUCAGAUGUUGUUUUAUAACCUUUAUUUUAAGCUGGUGUAUCAGGGGAAAAAAUGGCUUAUGUGUAUCUGUCAUAACAAGACUAGAAAGUUGCCCUUAUUCAUACAGCAGGAUAGACGCUGACAUUUGCUUCCAGAGUUCAGGCCUGAUCAAACAGCGAGAGGGGAAAGGGAAAUGCAUGAUUUGCAUAACCAUAGACCCCUGUGAGGAAAUGUCAGGGGAACAUGUUUGGCUCUGUCUUUGAGGUGCUUCUUAUCUGUCAAAAGUAUACUGAUGUUAAUCUUAAUCGAAUGUGAGCUGUAGAUUUCCAUUAACAGUAGAUGCUUUUUGUAUGAGAAUACUGAAAUAUCCAGCUAAAAGCCAGUUUAAGGUGGUAGAGGGAGCAUGUUAGCUGGUUUCUAAUAGCUCCAAGCUGGUCAGUGGCUUUAUUUUUUUUAGGUGGUUGACUAGCUGGACUGCCAUUACCUGACUGGAAUCGUAGACAAUCCUGCAGUAAACAACUACAAUGUUCUCAAAACCAGCUUGACCAAGCUUUUGUGCCCAUUACCAGCUCUUCCUUGGUAGUCCAUCCUGUCAACCCUGUAAACCAGCUUGGAGCUGGUUUUAGUUGGAUUUUACAAAAGGGUAAUUUUCAAACCAGCAGAGAUACUCAGUCUGUCCAUUACGUCACCGUUGGGUCUGCAGUCAGUUAGAGAUGUUCUGGAGAGGAACUUAUUAACUACUGACUCUCUUUUCCAGCAGUCUUAAAGUCUGAAACAAGUGAAACCAGCCUCAGAAUUACAACCACUCUGAAAUAUUUACAUGCAUUUCUGUAACAUGCCUCAGAAAGUGCAUGAUUAUUUUAAUAUAGUAAGGCCCCCUUUCUUUCCAGAAGAGGGCGGAGCUUUAUCAGCUCAUACUUCGGAUACUCAACAACAACAAAAAUGCCAAAGUGUCAAUUGUCAAUGGUGGUAAAGAGACUCAGGAAAAAGUUACAACUUUUAGAAUGCAACUGGAUGUUUCUGAAUGGUUAGUGGAUAAAUUUAUGUAGUUGUUGUGAUUCAACUCAUCGACUUGCAUGUACUGUCAUGUUAAUCUUUUGUGCAAAUCCAGCGUUGAACUUGCCCUCAAUGGUGAAGCUGUCCGGCGUACAAUGAUUUGAGCAAAUAUAUAACCCUUUUCUGACUUUCUUCGGCACGUUUCCUUCAUAAAUGAAAUUCAGCCAUGGUUUCCUCAAUGGCUCAGAUGCAGAAAGUCUAUGGAGACUCUUAUGUUCGUUGGUACAUCCAAGAACAGAACAUUUGUAAUCUUUUUUGGUGUAGACAUUGUAUAUCUCCAGCUUCUACAGCGAGUAAACGGAAAUGGUGGACUGCUGCGACUCACUCAGGGCGGGAUCUAUGCUAAUAGGGCAGAUCGUCACCAGUCAUGGGCGGGGCUUCCCCCUACUCUUACGUCGCAUGGGUCUCAACUUUCACCAUCCUGUAGCUGAACAUAUAUUACCACCGAACACCAGGAGUUAUGGUCGCAGAAGAGGUCGCUCUUCACUGUUUCCUUUUGAGGACGGCUUCUUGGAUGAUGGUCAUGGCGAUCAAGCGCUGACCCCUGGCCUGAGCUCCCCCACCCGCUGUCAGAACGGAGAGAGGAUGGAGCGCUACUCCAGAAAGGUGUUUGUCGGUGGACUGCCACCUGACAUCGAUGAAGAUGAAAUUACCAACAGUUUCCGUCGCUACGGUCACCUGGUGGUGGACUGGCCUCAUAAAGCAGAAAGCAAAUCCUAUUUUCCUCCUAAAGGUUAUGCUUUCCUGCUCUUCCAGGAGGAGAGUUCAGUCCAGGCCCUCAUUGAUGCCUGCAUCGAGGAGGAUGGGAAACUCUACCUCUGUGUCUCGAGCCCCACUAUUAAAGAUAAACCAGUCCAGAUUCGCCCAUGGAACCUGAGUGACAGUGAUUUUGUGAUGGAUGGCUCUCAGCCUCUUGAUCCACGCAAGACCAUCUUUGUGGGAGGCGUUCCACGACCUCUACGUGCAGUGGAACUGGCUAUGAUCAUGGACAGACUGUAUGGAGGUGUGUGUUACGCUGGCAUUGACACUGACCCAGAACUCAAAUACCCCAAAGGGGCGGGCAGAGUGGCCUUCUCCAAUCAGCAGAGCUACAUCGCUGCCAUCAGCGCUAGAUUUGUCCAGCUGCAGCAUAAUGACAUUGACAAACGGGUGGAGGUGAAACCGUACGUUCUGGAUGAUCAGAUGUGCGAUGAAUGUCAGGGCGCUCGCUGCGGAGGAAAAUUCGCCCCUUUUUUCUGUGCCAAUGUCACCUGUCUGCAGUAUUACUGCGAGUACUGCUGGGCGAGCAUCCACUCGCGCGCCGGCCGUGAGUUCCACAAACCACUGGUGAAGGAAGGUGGAGACCGACCUCGGCACGUGUCCUUCCGCUGGAGCUGAUGACAUCCGUCACAUCGCCCUCUCCACCCACCAAACACCUUCAACACCAUUACCAGUAACCACACAUGGAUCUCCCCUCUCAUCUUUUGUUUUUAGAAAACAAAUAUCAUGAUAUCUCUGUCAAGUAUAUUCUCUGCUUACCGAACAUUUAGGAAAAUAUGAAUUUUGAGUCUGUGCGCUCAAACGUUGCACUUUGGCACAAACAGUCGAUGUUAACGCUUAUCAGGAUGUUGUGCUUUAAUUCUCUCAUUUUCCUUCGUUUGAUUGGUUUAGUGCUCCAUAUAGGUAACAUUAGGCAGUGUGAGACUAUAUAUAUAAUAUAUACAUUUACAAAAAGGAUAUAUUUUUAUUUUAUAUUUAUCUAUAUACACAUAGAUAAUACAUUUUGGGUGUCAGACGUUUUAAAGGAGCAUGCACUUAUUGUGAUGAAAGAGUGAUAGGAAAUUCCCCUUUAGAUGAUGACAAAAAAAAAAAGAGUUACCAAAGGUAAAAUUAAUUCAUUAAGAAAGUCAUGUCGGGUGAGCUGUUAAAAAACACCCAAGUUAUUAAAGUAAACAACCAUUUGCUUUCCAUGUUGAAAUGAAUAGUAAUACCUCAUGCAUGCAUCUCUUUCUGUUCGCUGAGAUUUUUUAGGCUUAUUUUUUUAUGAGUUUUUUAGUAUUAUCUACAUGUAAUUCUGCAAUAGCUUUGCUGCUAAAUCCAUGGUAUGAACCCAUACCGUCAUAAUUUAUUCAGGUGAACGAGCGCUCCGAGGGGUCUGCGCCUGCACCGAAACUGCAUGUAAAUGAAUCUGCGAUGCAUGCUGUAAAAUCGGGCAUCACUUUCAUUUUCCCCAUGAGACCGGCCAGAUGACAGUGCUUAGGAGCUCUUCAGGGGACAUGGUAAUGGGAAAAAAUAUAAGAUGGGAGGAAAAAUUGUCUCAAUGCUUUUGCGUUUGUUUGUAAAAAUUCUCUCACAAAAGUAUUGUAUGUCCCCCAAUUAACUUUGCAUUCGCGUUGCAUUCGUUUGCGUUCGAUCGCAAAACAUUUGUUGUUUUCCCACAAGAAACUUUGUUCGCUUGCAAAACAUUUGCGUUUGCUCAAAAAAAAAAUUUUUUUAGUUCGCUUACAAAACAUUUGUGUUUGCUUAUAAAACAUUUGCAUUCCUCGAGAAACUUUGUUUUCUUGCAAAAUAUUUAAAACAUUUUCGUUCGCUUAUAAAACAUUUGUUUGCUCGAAAAACAUUAGCAUCCGCCUCGCAAAACCUUAGCAUUCGCUCGCCAAGCGUUAGCAUUCGCUUGCAAAACAUUUGCGUUUCCCGAGAAACUUUGUUCGCUCGCAAAACAAUUGCCUUUGUUCAAAAAACAUUUUCGUUCGCUUACAAAACAUUUGUGUUUGCUCGAAAAGCAUUCGCGUUUGCUCGGAAAAAUUUGCGUCUGCUUGCGAAACAUUAGCGUUCCCCGAGAAACUGUGUUUGCUUACUAAAACAUUUGCGUUUGCUCAAAAACAUUUUCGUUUGCUUACAAAACAUUUGUUUGCUUGAAAAACAUUUGCAUUUGCUCUGAAAAAUGUGUCCGCUUGCAAAACAUUAGCAUUCGCUCGCAAAGCGUUAGUGUUUGCUCGUAAAACAUUUGCGUUCCCUGAGAAACUUUGUUCACUCGAAAACAUUUGCGUUUACUCGAAAAACAUUAGCGUUCGCUCAUAAAACAUUUGUGUCCGCUUGUGAAAACAGCGUUCCUCGAGAAACUUUGUGUUCACGCACAAAUUGCACUUGCUCAAAAAAAACUUUUGAAAGAUUUUUCGUUCACUUACAAAACAUUUGUUCGCUCACAAAACAUUUGUGUCCGCUUUUGAAACAGCGUUCCUUGAGAAACUUUGUUCGCUUGCAAAACAUUUCCACUUGUUAAAAUUUUUUUUUAGUUUGCUUACAAAACAUUUGUUCGCUUGAAACAUUAGCAUUUGCUCAUGAGUCAUUUGCGUUCUCUCACAAAAUAUUUGUUUGUUCGAAAAACAAAAAUAUUAUGUUCUCCAGAGAAACUUUACAUUUGCUUGCAAAAACACUAGUGUAUUUUUUUUUUCUCCCACAACAUUUUAUUUCCAUCACAAAAUUUUGCAAGCGAACGCUAAAGUUUUGCGAGCGAAAACACAAAAGCACUGAAAUAUACUUUUCCUCCUAUCUUAUUGUUUUAAAAAUCACCAUGUUCCUUUAGGGACCCCAUACAGAACCGCAGUGGUGUGUUUCAAACCAGUUAGAUGUAGGAAAUCUUCUAGCGAAAUGUCUUUAACAGGUGAAGUAUUUUUUGCAGUGAUUGUUCAUAGAAUUGUGCAAUUUUUAUACACUAUGUAGUUCAGUUAGACGACGCCUAGAACUGUGAUUCGCUUUAACUGUUAUUGAUGUCUGACAUGGAACGUCCUGUGAAACUAGCGUAUGUAAACAUACGGUCCCUUCUUUCGCACACUCUUUACUAGUUGUUAGCCCACGACACGCGUCCCGUCAGAACCAAAGAGUCCGGCUCGAAACGACCAAUAACACUACGUUGCACGCCAACGAUUCACAAUACUGUGUCCGACCGGUGACUCUGGGAGAAUAAGCGAACACUGGCUCUAAAUCAGUAACCUAACUUUGAGAUACUGCGGGCGGAAUAACCUUGAGUGACCGCUGCAUUUAUUAUCCUGCGAAGCUUGAAGUAGAAUCAUGACCUGCUAACGUCGACGGUGGACAUUUUUAAACUAAAUUCAGAAAGGUAGAGAGGGUGGAGAGGAACGCGAAGAAAAGCGCCUUAGCUGCUUAUCUGAGAGUCAAAAAAACUGUCAGCUUUAGGGUGGCACGUGUGGUUCGUUGGUCUGAAAAAAUGACGUAUGCGAACACUGCUUUUGUACCGAUGGAGAAAAAGAGGAUUGUGGGUAACCCUGAUCCCGAUGAUGGUGAAUUCUGGGUGUUUUUGUGAUAUUUCUUUCCCUGCCCAGAUUUUUCUAUGUUUGUUCCUUCUCUGUAGUAGAUAAUAUUUGUUAUGCACUACUCUUUGUAUCUGGAUGGUUGAACAGUCAGCGUUGUUGUUGUUUUUUUUUUUUCCUUUAUUUUUUUAAUAGAAAAAUAUGUGUGCUUUCUGACUGACGUAAUCUUUUGCAAUACCUCAAUUUUGAAAUAUAAUAGGAGAGAGAUUGAUAUUUUCUAAGUAAGUUUAUUCAAAUAAAGACUAUAUAUAUUAAUUUAAUUCUGCUAGAGAAAAAAAAUGAUUUAACAGAUGCUUAAUUUUAUUUUUGUCAUGCUUAUUUGCUUUUAAGUUUAUUUUUGGAAAAAAAUUAAAAACAAAAACAUCUGAAGGAGUUAGAGCUGUAUUAUUUGAAUACUGUAGGAAUCUGAAGUACAGACGCUGUUCCUGCAACAUCACAGUGUUCCACAAACAUCUGAUCUUAUAAAUAUUAUAAAAUAUAUAUAUUUUAUUGAAAUAUAUAUAUUCUAUAGGGUCAACGGGCCAUCAGGUGCUUAUAAAGUCAACUGAACAUACUACUUACGUUUUUAUAUAUUUACAAUCAGUCCUUUACUAUGCUGACCAGAGUUGUGAAAUCUUCUGUUCAUUAUUUUUUUAUGUUUCGUGAAAUGACGUGUUCCCCUUUGUUUUGUAAAGCGCACAUGCCCUGAUUUGUUAAACCUAUAUAAUUUAGGGAAAACUAAUUUGUUAUGGUUUUUGGCAAGAUGGAGAGAAAACAAUGUUCAUUUUGGGAAGCUGGAAAGAUAUUAAACGUUUCGACUUAAUGGAAAGCCUUCUACUCACCCAAGACUUGAAUUAGUCCCUUUUUUAAAGGCUGAGAACCUCGAUUCUUUGUUGUAAUGUGCAAUACUGUUUGUACUGUUUGUAAAAAAGACAAAAAAAAAAGAACAGAAAAAAGAGGCAUAUAUCUUUAUUGCAGAUUUAUUUUCAUUGCAAGCAUUGUGAUUCACUAAAAUCAUUUUCUACUGUGUAUUUACUCGACAUGCUAGUACCUUCCAGUAGUAAUGUAGCCUUUGUACGGAGAAAUUUUUUCAUUAUUUUUUAGAGAUUUUUUGCAAAAAAAAAAGAAAAAAAAAGAUGAGAUUUAAAACACAUUUACAUAUUUUUCAUUGUUUUUUAUUUGUGUUUUCUUUACACACUAAUUCCUCAACCAUUAAUGUUAGCUAUUUCUGGGAGAGACUUUCAUGUCUUGUCAAUGUCUUUAUUGUUUUGUAUUUUUACUUUGAAUAAAUUAAUUUUAUGGCGCUAAUUAAUUUUUUUCCCUUUUUUUUUUCUUUUUUUAAGCUAAAAAUGUGUAAUACUGUUACUAAAAUGUCUAGAUUUUUUUUUUUAAAUGCAAAGCUUGUCAGUUUUGUUGCUUACAUUAGUGUGAUUGGGAAAAAAAUUGCACACAAAAAUUAACACAAUCAUGGAUGGUAAUGUAUGUGAUUGAAAUGUAACAAUGAAUAGGCAAUAAAAAUAAUGGCAGAAUGGAGCAAAUGUGAGGUUGUUGUGGUGAAAACCAGUCCAGACAGUUAAAAUGAGCUCCGAUAUUUCUGAAGCUCUGUAGCUCCACAUUCACAGUCAGAACACAGCAUGUGUGCGUUUAACUGACAUGUUUCCCAGAGUGCAUUUUAUUUAUGAGCAGAGUGUAGUGGAGUAGAUUUCAUGUAGCCAUCGAAACGGCCUUAAACAUGAAAAUUCCCUUGACUUGGUGUAAAUCUUAUGUUAGUUUAAAGAGACACGUCUACACCGCACACAACAAAAGCAGUGAACCCAUUAUAAUCAGUGAUUCUGUCUACACCGGAUGCGGCGCGGAGCGAAUUGACAAAUUGUGUGUUCUAUUUCUGACGUACUUCAAGUGCUAUACUACCGACAAUAACAAAAGGAUUUGCAACGGUCGCUUUGUUGCGUCAUGUAGACACGGUGUUACUCGUUUUCAUUCAAAGCAUCUUUGUCUUAAGAUUUUCCUAUAUUGGAACCAUUGAAACCCUUGAUAAGCUGUGCUG